GAGUAGGGGCAUUUGGUCAUGAAGUGUAGAACUGUCCAAGAGACCCAGUCCCCAACAUUAUCUCACACUUCCCCGGAGCCCUUAGACCCUGAAUUUGGAACCCAGACUAAGACAGUGCACCAGCUGCCCCGUGGGCAAAGCGCUCUGGACUCCGGCUUACAGCAGCGGCACGGACACGAAUCCAAGCCACCCGCCCGGUGCACGGCGACGAGAGCCCCCAGCAGCCCUCUUCCAGCGGCUGCUGGGCUCUGACCCCCUCGCGCCCCCGCGCGUCCAUCUCUGUUCCCAGCGCGGUGCAAGUGAUGUAAGGCGGCCAGGCUCGCGCGCUUUCCUCCUGCCGGGACGGAGUCCUCCCUCCCUGCCGGCAGCGCCGCGCGCCCACUCCGAUCCCCUGCGCCUAGGCUCCGCUUCCAGAGCUCUGGCGACCUACUCGCAGCGGCUGGGAAAGACCCUCCUCUCCCCUAUCCCACCUCCCUCCUCCCCUCCUCACCCCCCUCCUGUGCAGUAUCCGUGGGGAAAACCAGGCUUGGCUCUGGAGAGAAUCGAAGGAGAGAACCGAGGGACAGUCCAUACGAAGCUUUCUGGAGACACUGAGAGGUAGCAGGAACCUUCAGAAAAAGCAAAGGGUUACUUCCUGGCUACCAGGCAGCCCCAACCUGGAUGGAGUGAAAGAUGCGUCCUGAUGACAUAAAUCCGAGGACUGGGCUGGUGGUGGCCCUGGUCAGUGUCUUUCUGGUCUUUGGUUUCAUGUUCACUGUCUCCGGCAUGAAGGGGGAAACUCUGGGGAACAUCCCUCUGUUGGCCAUCGGGCCGGCCAUCUGCCUACCAGGCAUUGCAGCCAUUGCUCUGGCCAGGAAAACCGAAGGCUGCACCAAGUGGCCAGAGAACGAGCUCCUCUGGGUCCGCAAGUUGCCCUGCUUCAGGAAGCCCAAGGACAAGGAAGUGGUGGAACUCCUGAGGACCCCAUCUGACCUGGAGUCCGGCAAGGGGAGCUCGGAUGAACUGGCUAAGAAAGCAGGUCUCAGAGGCAAGCAGCUCCCGCAGGGACCAGGUGAGGUGCCUGUGGCAAGCUCCGUUACUACCCCCACUCCCACAGAGGAAGGCGAAUGCCAGAGUCUAGUCCAGAGUGGGCGGCAGGAGGAGACGUCCAGAUAUCUGGAUGGCUACUGCCCCUCGGCCAGUUCCCUGGCCUACAGUGCCUUGGAUGCCAAGGGCUCAGCCUGGGACAGAUCUGAGCGCCCUGAGCCCGAGGACAGCAUCUUCUUUGUGCCCCAGGACAGUAUCAUCGUCUGCUCCUACAAGCAAAACAGCCCCUAUGACAGAUACUGUUGCUACAUCAACCAGAGCCAAGGCAGGUGGGACCACGAGACCAUAGUCUGACCUGUUCAUACAAGGGUCCCAUGUUGACAGACACGUUGCUCUACUCGGCUCCCAAGGGAAGAGAAUCUCUGUUCCAACAGCCUUCACAGUUAGAAACUGGCAUGGUAUGUGAUGGGGGUGAUGACCUCUGGUGCCUGACACUCGUGUAAAUAGGCAUGUUGGGGGCAUAUUUUAGGGACGUGCGGAGAAUUAAGGACAGUAGGAAGAGGCAGUAAACAGGAAAGAAAGUUCCAUUUGCUUCUGAACAAAUUAAACAACGUUGAAUGCUUUGUAAAAACAGCCCCAAAAGUGCUGGCCGUCAGGUGAGUCUAGGAAGCUUCAGCUGCUAGGUAUCAAGUGAUGCAGGGGCUAUUCACACAGAAACUGGCUGGAACUGUGAAGGAAAAUUGUAGAUUAUGUUUUUGUUUUGCCUGAUGAUAGCUUUUCACACAUGGUAAAGCUGAAAGACAUAAAAAUCAAGAUAGAAUAGGAAUAUCCUCCUGAUAUGGGAUGGGUUUUACAGUGAGGGGAGUUAAAAAUUGUUGGAAUGUAUAAUUGAAUCCUGACCUCUGACAUUUGACCAUGGUUUCAAAUAAAGUGUUGAUUGUGUAAUGUGAAACGUUAAUAUUUUAGGUGGUCGUGCUACUUCUUAAUGUCUUCAUUUGAAUUGAGCUGCUGAGACUUUAUCCAAAGUUUUAAAAAUAUUUAUUAACACUAAUGUAUUUCCCUACCAGGUGCAAAAUGACUUGAUGCAAUUUUUUUUUCAUAGAUUAGGAUUUCAUUUUAUCAGUUUGUAAAACAAAUUUUACGAAACACCUUCAACAUUUCUGGGAGGCAUGUACUAGGAAUUAGUAUAUCCCUUUGAAAGAAUGAAACUACAAGUCAAUCCAUUAGUUCUGAGCAUUGUGAAAAAACUGUAUGAGACAUAAUGGUGUCAUUUGUACAUGCGUUCAACAGCACCCCUCCCCUCAACCAUGACGAGACUGCAACGAAACGAGUUAAUAUAUAAGAUUUAUCUGAAACCCCUAUUUUAUUAACUUCACAGAAUCAGAGGAAUUUACAUGAUUAAAAAAAAUCUCACUAUUUCCCACCUUUGUUUGUGGCUGAGAGAAGAAACAUCAUCAUGCUAUCCUAAAAUGAUUUCCUAUUUGUCUUGCUCAAUUGCAACAGAUAAAAAGAAUAAUCAGCUAAAAUGCCAUUUAUCCUUCUUAUAGAAUAGUUGAAUUAUAUAUAUUAUAUAUAUAUAGGAAUGGUGAUAUAUUUAGGCUUGAGUAUUAGGAUUAUUUUAUACCCUGCAGUGAAUUUUAAUUCUAAUUAUUAUAUCAAAUAGUUUUAUUUACUUUCUCCCAAAAUGCGAAUCGAGGACAAAAGAAAUGGGGGCUUAUCUUUAUGUAUUUCAAGUCCAAGCCUGUGAUUCUUAAGUGUGGUAACUGUCCUCUCUUAAGGAUUAUACUCUUAAAGAUCAUAAUUUCUUGAAUGAUGUUUAAGAUCAAAAGGAUGUCAUAUUUCUAGUCAGGCCUCAAUGUCAGAAAAAUGAGAUGUGUGAUCUUGGACAAAGUUCAUCUUCCAAGCCCUCAGUUUCCUAGUCUAUGGAAGAGGAAUGGGGAUAGACUGGUCUGUACACUGAACAGUUUCCAUCACUCAGUCCCAGGUGGGAUAGUCUAAAAUACUAUACCACAGAAAUUGUAUGUUGCAGGAAAUAAGCUACAGCAAAAAUGCAUGCCCAUGUUAUACAACCCAUGCAUAAAUCAUGCAACAUGGAUUAAAUUGCUGCUACUCAAAAGACUUUUGCAGACUAUGAAAGCAGGUGCAUUUCAGCACUACGUAUCAUUAAUUAGACACCAAUGCAUUCCUGGACAUAAAACUGAAACUUAUUGAGGCUAUUUUUUUUUUUUAGAAAAGCAAUGUAAAUGUUGAUGUAGCCCAAAGUAAUCUAGCAGACAGCUUUGUACUAUAUGUAACUGACUUUAGACCUGAGAUGAUGAGGGGUAGUUUCCUAAAAAUCACCAUAUCUGUUUUGAAAGCAGAAAAUAAUAUUUGUGUAAAGAAGAUUAUUGGAAAUGCAGGAGCUAAAGUUUCCCCUGGUGUGUUUGCCACUGUAAGCAGUUUUAGACCUAAGGAGAUAGACGGAUGUUGUUUGGGGUUAGCAAGUCUUACUUGCGUCUGAGAGAAGAGGAACGGAGUGCCAGCUAAGGUUUGGGAUUUGGAAAAGUUGCCUUCUGGAAACAGUUUUAAUUUUUCAUAUAAUGUGUACAAGUGUGCACAGAGUCCCAUUUCCAAAUCACGGGUCAAGUACUGAUUUAGAGAUAUAAACUAUUUUUAAUCACAUUUUCAAGUUGUAUUUCAGGGGAAAAAACUCUUACAUUUACCUAUUUAAAAUACUGAGGCUCUUGGGUAUAUUCUUUUGUGCUAAAAGAAUGAUUGGCAAAUGUUGGGCUGAGAGAUUUAACCUUCUUUACCCAAAGAAUAAAAUGUGUAGUUGUG